AUGAUGAUGAUCUCACCUGACAAUCUCAUCCUGGACAAUCCCUCACAUUCAGACACUUUUAGUAAUUUAGCGCACUACCAGGAUGCCUUCAUAACGUCUGCGGCUGCCGAGAAUUUGGCAUUAAAAGGAACGGCUGUACAGUCGAGCACAUAUAAAAGCUGUGGAGCUGCAAACGCCAUCGACGGCAUCAGAUAUGCUCCAGGUGAAGCCACAAGCUGCUCCCACACAGGAUACCAGCUCAACCCGUGGUGGAGGCUGGACCUGCUGGAUUAUUACUACAUUUACAAAGUGACCAUCACCAACAGAGCUGAUUGCUGCCCUGAGCGCAUGACUGGAGUAGAGAUCCGCAUUGGAAACUCUCUGGAAAACAACGGCAACAACAAUCCCAGAUGUGCUGUCAUCACUUCACUUGUCCCAGCACGCAGUACUGUCAGUUUCUCUUGCGGUGGAAUGGAAGGUCGUUAUGUGAACAUGUACAUUCCUAACAUCCAGAGGUAUCUCACGCUGUGUGAGGUGGAGGUUUAUGGAACAGCCAAGAAGCAGGUGAUCCGAGUGCAAGUGAAAACUGCUGAGAAUGUGGAUGAAGCUGAACUGAAGACGCUCGUCUUAAACAAGAUCCAGCAGAAACUGCAGAAACGUCAGCAACCUGGAAUGGAGGGCAGCAGCAGGCAGGAUGGUUUUUCAGAAGAACAAGAGUAA